AUGCAACAUACUUUCAAUGACAUGGAUAGUGUUUUGUAUGCGGAAUUGAGUGAAGAUGGUUCAAUGCAUGUUAAACCAGCUGCAACGCACGUGAUUGACGUGUCUUUAUUAUCGGAUGAUUUGAUAACACUUACACAUAUCGACAGGUUAACAACUAAAAAAAAUUUCGAAUCUUCUCAGAAUCAAGAAAUGGAAACUACGAAAAAUUCAACAAAUUCGGAUAGUUUGAAAAGCGGGACAAAUCCGGAAUUGAAGUCAGUGACAAAUGAUUUCAAUGAAUUUCCGGACGAAAUAGAAACAACAACAUGCUGCUAUAAUUUUGAUAUAACGAAUAAAAUUGUUAACUUUCAAUCGAAAACAAAUCAAGAUAUCGAAGUUAAAAUACUUCAACCUGCUGCUAUAGCGGAAUUUUCGAAGCCAGAACAUGAGCCUAAGUUAAAAUCAUUAUCAGGAAAUUCCAGUGAAAUGAAUGAUCCAGUGAAAAUGAUAUCUUUAAUCAAAUUAACGAGACAAGGAAACGCAAAUGAUGAAAUAUCAAAAGGUAACACAACAAAUUUACCAAUGGUUUCCGCUUCAAUUGCUUGCUUAAUAGUUUCAAUUUUUUUAAAAAUUUUAAAAAUUUUUCGUUGA